AUGAUUUCAUUUCUUCUUCAUUUUACCGAAUCUACAUUACAAAACUUCUCAAAUGAUGCAUUUCAACACAUGAAAACAGGAAAGAAAAGCAUUGUCUAUGCUUAUUCAUUCAAUCCUGAUCCUUUUCACGUUCAAGUUUUAUCAAAAAGCGCAGAAAUGUUUCCAGAGGUCAAUUUCAUAUUAAUUGAUUGCUAUAAGAAUUCGACAGUAUGCGAAAAGUAUUAUCUUGAAGCAAUUCCAACAGUUAACGCUUUUGGAUCAAUAAGAGCUCCAAAAAUACCUCUUUUAUAUGAUGAAAUUAGCGUAUAUAACAUAGCUGCGUUUAUUGCACGCCAAUACCACAUAAAAAUACCAUUUGAAAUUAAAACAACUCCAAUUCUUGAAAAACAAAAUUAUUCAUCAUUUGUUUCUCAAUAUCCAUGCAGUGCCGUUUUCUAUACAAACAGAAAUAGCGAAAUGUCAAGGAUUCUUGUGCCUUCAAUGAAUGAAAUUUACGAUAUUUUCUAUCAUGAUGCAAAAGUAGGCGUUGCUGAAGUCCAAUGCCAAAGCGAUGUUGAUUUCUGCGAAGCAGUAGACAUUUCUGCUGCUCCAAUUCUUCGAUUAUCUACAAAUGGCCAAUAUUUCGAAUAUAAAGGAACUCGUGAAGUCAAACCAAUGCUAGACUUCAUUAAUUCGAAAUGCGGCACAUAUAGAUGCAUCCUUGGUGAUGUUAAUACGAGUUUAUACUUCAAUUCUUGUGAAUUAUCUUUAAUAGAUAAUUUCAAGGACGUAAAAACAGCUCUUUCGAAAGUAGAACAAUGCAGAAAGGAUAGUCCAUUGAAGCCAAUCCUUGAAACUGCUGCAAAAGGCUCCACAAGCAUUAAAUCAAAUAUUAAUAAAUGCAACACAUUAUUACAGAACAAAUCAGUCCAAGGUCAGUCAAGAGAUAAAGUGUUCACUACGAAAUGGGUGUUGGAAAAGAUUUUGCCAAAAAUUAAUUUCGAUACACCGAUUUCAAAUGAAUUAUAA